CUAUGAAAUUAUGUGAAAUUUACGAAGACUUAGUUCAGUUUCAUAAAGUUUAUUAAAUAAAUUUUACGAGAUAUUUAAACACUUUUGGUUACAAAACUCAUGAAUAUAUUCUAUAAGGAUUAUGAAUGAUUUUACUUUAAAAUCGAUAGCGGCCGAUUUAGUACCGGCAAAUUAUUUAUCCGUGGCCAACAAUGCUCGAGUUAAUCGGGACAAACAGAUUAAGAUUCUGCUGGAAAAGAAAAAGCUACCGCAAAAUGGAUGGGAUAAUGCAACGAUCGAGUACUUCGUAAACGAACUAGCCUUGAUGGACAGUAACAAUUUUCCGAGCCGCUGUGGCGUUGGGGAACGGGAAGCCAGGGUCAUUUGCGAUCUAGUCAAACGACGUCAUUAUAACUUUGCUCACGGUAUCGGCAGAUCGGGCAAUUUGACCGAUGCCCAACCCAAAGCAGCCGGAUCCACGAUUCUGAACAAUCUGACAAACGCUUUGCUGCUGGAUCUGAUUCGGGAAGCAGGCGUUAACAACUGCAGGAAAGCUAUAUUGGUCCCAUUGGCAACCGGGAUGGCUAUGCUGAUGACGUUGUUGACAUUGAAGGCGGGUCGACCGCAGGGCAGGUACGUGUUAUGGUCCAGAAUAGACCAACAAUCGUGCUUUAAAAGCGUUCAAUCAUCUGGUUUGAUUCCGGUUGUAAUUGAUACCGUUCCGGUAGAAGAAAGGGGAGAUUGUGUCCUUGGAACUGACAUUGGUACUUUUCGUGAUAAAAUAGUCGAGUUAGGUGCCUGCAACAUUUGCUGCAUACUUUCCACAACCAGCUGUUUUGCUCCUCGAACAUGUGACAGUAUUAUAGAGUUAGGAAAAUUAUGUCAAGAAUACGACGUUCCUCACGUGGUUAACAACGCUUAUGGGUUACAGAGUACUUAUCUCACUCACCAACUGGAGCAAGCAAACCGAAUCGGUAGGGUUGAUGCUUUCAUUCAGAGCACUGACAAAAACUUACUGGUUCCAGUGGGAGGUGCUAUUAUUGCGGGGUUUGAUGGGGAUAUUGUUGAACGAGUUUCUAAAUUCUACCCCGGAAGAGCAUCAAGCUCGCAGUCCUUAGAUGUGCUCAUGACGCUCCUGUCAUUGGGAAAGACCGGCUACACAAAUCUGGUUAUUAAAAGAAAAGAACUGCAUCAAUAUCUGUUGAACAGAUUGACUGAAACAGCCGAGAAGUUUGGCGAACAAGUCAUGUCGGGGAAGAAUCCUAUCUCUAUUGCGUUUACUUUAAAAACAUUCGGCAGUAACCAGCAAUUGAUUGGAUCAAUGCUGCAUCGCAGGGGAGUAUCGGGCUGUCGGGUGGUGAGUGGAAUUGAACAGAAAUGUAUUGCCGGUGUCGCGUUUAAAGCAUGGGGCUCCCAUCGCAAUGAAACGACGGUGCCUUACUUAACUGCGAGUGCUGCUCUGGGUGUUAGCCGAGAAGAAAUAGACGGGUUUAUCGUUAAAAUAGAACAAGUUCUCAACGACCAUAGGAGAACACUUUGUUAGUAAUAUUGAACAAAUUUGGUUAUAGCUUUAUGAGUUUCCAAAAACAUUAUUAUAGGAACAUGUUUAAAUAAAUGGUCUAAAAUUGA